AUUUUCUAAACAUCAGAAAGGCCUGACUGAACAUUCUCGCCUUUAGCUCUACAACCGAUUGAGCCGGCCCUGGCGGGUGGGAACUCAGGGAAGCUCUCUGAUGCUGAAAGCUUCCCAUCUCCAUCUUCCUUAGCUGCCAUCCUUUAUCUGCAGAGCCUCUUAGCGACGCCGUCACAAGAGCACCAUCUCCUGUACUAAUACUUCUUCAGAUGGAUGACUUGUGGAAGAACCGAUUGUUUGCAACCCAUGCGAUUGCUGCCACAGGGUCUGUGACAUUGGGCAUAGCUGUCACUUACCCUCUUGAUACUAUCAAAACCCUUGUCCAGGUUGGUUCAGGUUCCGGUAAACAGUUGACUACUGCAAAGGUUUUAGACAGAGUUCGAUCAUUAUCUGGAAUUUCAGGUUUAUAUAGUGGCUUUGGGUGGUUGGCUUUGGGGAGAAUUUUAGGUGUUGGAUCACGCUUUGGGAUCUAUGAAAUUUUGACAGCUUUCUAUAAAGAUGGACGGGAAGACAAUUUUGUCCAUGUCUCUGAGGCCCUACUGGCAGGAAUUGCAGCUGGUGCAGUAGAAUCACUCAUAAGCUCUCCCUUUGAACUUUUUAAACUUCGUGAGCAGGUCAAAUCUGCUUCUCCCCUUCAAAGCUCUAGCUCUGUCACUGGAAAGGCAACUGUUGCACCUGUGAUUGCAAAAUUACUACGAGGAUACUCGCCAGACAACAAGGCAUUUAAUCAUUCUGUUGGCCUUUUGUCCACACUAGCAACCAAACAUCCCAAUAUGAUGGGUGCAUUACAAGAGUACCCAUGGAUGAUUACUGGGUCUGGGAGGCCACCAUCUGUCUAUGAUGUUAGGAGGCCAUCAGACGUCAUCUCUUUGGAAGGAUGGGGUGCAUUAUGGAGAGGUAGCCGGUCAGGAGUUGUUCGAGAUUCUGUCUUCAGUGGCAUUUUCUUCUCUAGCUGGCAAUUUCUUCACCGAGCAAUGCUUGACUGGAAAGCAGUUGGGAUGCAUCCCUCUCCCAGGUCAGAUGAAGAAAUCGGGCCUCUGUCUCCUUUAGGUGUUAGUCUUGCCGCUGGGUUUUCUGGUUCUGUAGCUGCUGCAGCUUCUCAUUGUUUUGACACUGCAAAAAGUCGAUCGCAAUGUGUUGUGCUGCCCAAGUAUGUCGCAAUGGAGAGGCAGCAUCUCAAAUGGAGCCUGCCGGGGAAUCGGUUUGAGAGAAUUACGGGGAUUCAUCCCGCAGAUAGGAAUCUCCUGUUCCGUGGAAUUUGGUUGAGGAUGGCUCGCAGUGGUUUUGCAUCAUUCAUGAUUGUGGGCAGUUAUUUCUUAUCAGUUGAUUAUCUUGUUUGAAUGGAGAACAAAAUGGCAUAGAACUGGCUAUCUUUUUUCACAGGCAAUUGAUUUGGCAAACAAUGCUUUCUCAAGAGAAAAGGAUAAGGAAAAUAGAGGAAGAUUUUGAUUUGGGCCACUAUAAAUUAAGCAGUGUUGUGCAUUGCCUUCAUGAAACAACUUAUCAAAAUCAUAUAGACAUUUUAUAUAUCCGAUCACCCAUUGUGGCUUAUUUUUAAA